UGUCCGAGAGCAGAACAAGUACUUAGUAUUUGAAGAGAACCUGCUUGAGCUGUUCAAGACGUGCCUUCAAUGUCGGUUGCCUGCAGCAGGACACAUCAGCCAACGAAUAGGCUCAUACAUAGGCAGACGUGUGAAUGUGGCUACUAACGGCGGUGGGAGUCCCAGCCAAAAGUGCAAGACAUUCCAGCUGGGAAUCUGCUUCUCAGUGCAGCAAUACUGUUUGCUGGCUACACACCUACAAAAGUGCUGAGACUUUUUUCUUUUAUGAACCUACUUUGCAUUUCGAUAAGCACAUUCUUCCAGCAUCAAAGAUCAUUCCUGUGGCCAGCUGUGGAGGCUGUUUGGAAAGACCAUACAUCCCCUGCAUUGACUGCCAUCAGGGAAGAGGGCAGGAGUGUCACACUAGCUGGCGAUGGCAGAUGUGACAGCCCUGGACACAGCGCUAAAUAUGGAACCUAUAGCUUGAUUGACAUGGCAACUGGGCAUGUCAUAGGCCUUCAUUUAGUGCAGAGCAACAAAGUGUCAUCCAGCUACCACAUGGAACUUGAAGGAUUGAAGAGAGGCAUUACUGCCUUACAAGAGAUGGGGAUACUAAUAAAAGAGAUAGUAACAGAUCGCCACAUGCAGAUACAAAAAUGGUUGAGAGAUAACCAUCAUGAGAUCAAGCAUUCGUAUGACGUCUGGCAUGUGGCUAAAGUUGUCAAGAAGAAGCUGGUUGCCCUGUCAAAGCAGAAAGAGUGUGAUCAACUUUUCAAGUGGAUAAAGAGCAUCACGAACCAUCUGUACUGGGCAGCAGCCUCCUCUUCAGAUGAUGAUGGGGCGGUGAUCGUGUCCAAGUGGAAGUCUGUCUCCAACCACAUACAGAACAUCCAUCAUGGCCAUGAUGGUCCCUUCACCGACUGUCAACAUGAGGAGCUCGCUAAUAGGGAUUGGUUGAAACCAGGAAGCAAAGCAGCUGUGAAGGUUGAGGAGAUAGUUCUCAGCAAGCGCCUUUGCACAGAUGUGGCUAAACUGUCAACUGGCUACCAGACGUCUACACUGGAAAGUUUCCACGCCACCAUUAAUCACUUUGCCCCAAAGAUGAUGAGCUUUUCAUAUCUUGGGCAAGCCUGUAGGCAGAUUAUCGCAGCACUUCAUUUUAAUGAAAACGUCCACAGAGAAGUGGCAACAAAUACGGACGGGACAGAGAAGCAUGUGGUUGUAUUUCCAAAAUACAAGAGUGGGGAUAAUUUCUCAAUGAAACCAACAAUGGUUGACCAAACGUUUCAUUAUGUGGACAAGCUCAUGAAUAUGGUGUUUGAAAUAUGUGAAUCGAACCAACCGACAGUGAUGGCAACACCUGCUCCACCUCAAUUAACAAAUGGCAAGCGCAGACCGACAGAAGAGGAACUGCAAACAGUUGUGGCAAGGCGGUUUAAGCGUUUAUGCUACUAGUGUGUUAGUGGUGUCAAAAGGCAUUCUUGGUGCACACACACAGCUAGUUUUAAACAUUAUAUUUGUGUCUUAUUCUUUGAAUGUUUGUAGGUGCUAUUAAUUCUCUGAAUGUUUGUAAGUGCAAAGAUUUUCUAUAAGCUCAUUGCCUGAAGUGCUGUUGAGGUACUGUAUAGAAAUAGUAAUCGUUGUUUGUUUCAUUUGCUUGCUUAUUGAUAAAUACUACACAC